AUGGAGUCCCUGGGACGCAGCUACCUCCAGCAGAGGGCGAAGACGCAGUGGUUCUGGAACCUCUUUAAGUCAAAGAAUAAGGACAAAGAAGAAAAAGAGACAGCAGCAGCAGCAGCAGCAGCAAAAGAAGGAGCAGCAGCAAACGGCGCAGCAGCAGCAGCAGCAGACGGUGCAGCAGCAGCCUUAGACGCCCAUGGGGCCUCGGGGGCCUCCGGGGGGGCCCCCCAAAACGCGGAAGAGACCCAGGGGGCCCCCCAGGACCCGGAAGAGACCCAGGGGGCCCCCCAGGACCCGGAAGAGACCCAGGGGGCCCCCCAGGAAAAGGAGACAGUGCCGGUGACCCCGUCAGUGCUGCAGGCGCAGCUGGACUUGGAGUGCGAAGUGGCCUUUCCGGGGGGCGGCCGCAUGGCCGCGCGGGCCCUGGAGGGGACAGUUUACUGUCUCCUUUUGGAGUCUCUGAAUUUGCAAAAAAUGGGGACUUGUCUCGACGUUUGUCUCCAGGCCUUCAACUGCCCCGGCAAGCCCCGCCAGGGGGCCCAGAAACACUUGCUGCCCCUCGACAGGCACGAGCUCCUCAAGCGCUGGUGCAGUGAGCCCCCCAGCUAG